CUCUAACCACACUUUAAAUAGCCAGUACCUUCUUCUGCCCCCUAGAUAAUUCUUCUCCCCCCACGACUGGACCUCUGGCAGCAACUUCACUAAGGUGGGAUGGAUAGCAGGGUCUCAGGCACAACCAGUAAUGGAGAAACAAAACCAGUGUAUCCAGUCAUGGAAAAGGCAAAGGAAGAUGGCACUCUGGAGCGGGGGCACUGGAAGAACAAGACGGAGUUUGUGCUGUCAGUAGCCGGGGAGAUCGUUGGCUUAGGCAACGUCUGGAGGUUUCCCUAUCUCUGCUACAAGAAUGGGGGAGGUGCCUUUUUUAUCCCCUAUCUCAUCUUCCUCUUCACCUGUGGCAUUCCUCUCUUCUUCCUGGAGACAGCACUGGGCCAGUACACGAGCCAGGGGGGCAUCACAGCCUGGAGGAAGAUCUGCCCUAUCUUUGAGGGCAUCGGCUAUGCCUCCCAGGUGAUUGUCAUGCUCCUCAACAUCUACUACAUCAUCGUCCUGGCCUGGGCCUUCUUCUACCUCUUCAGCAGCUUCACCACUGACCUGCCCUGGGGAAGCUGCCACCAUGAGUGGAACACAGAGAACUGUGUGGAGUUCCAGAAGACCAAUGGCUCCAUGAAUGUGACCUCUGAGAACGCCACCUCCCCUGUCAUCGAGUUCUGGGAGAGGCGGGUCCUAAAGAUCUCUGAUGGCAUCGAGCACCUGGGGGACCUGCGCUGGGAGCUGACCCUGUGCCUCCUACUCGCCUGGAUUAUCUGCUACUUCUGCAUCUGGAAGGGGGUCAAGUCCACAGGCAAGGUGGUGUACUUCACAGCUACAUUCCCUUACCUCAUGCUGGUGGUCCUGUUAAUCCGAGGGGUGACACUGCCUGGGGCAGCCAAAGGAAUUCAGUUCUACCUGUAUCCUGACCUCACACGUCUGUGGGAUCCCCAGGUGUGGAUGGACGCAGGCACCCAGAUCUUCUUCUCCUUUGCCAUCUGCCUGGGCUGCCUCAUGGCCCUGGGCAGCUACAACAAGUACCACAACAACUGCUACAGGGACUGCAUCGCCCUCUGCUUCCUCAACAGCGGCACCAGCUUCGUAGCCGGCUUUGCCAUCUUCUCCAUCCUGGGCUUCAUGUCCCAGGAGCAGGGUGUGCCCAUCUCUGAGGUUGCCGAGUCGGGACCUGGCCUGGCUUUCAUCGCCUACCCUCGGGCUGUUGUAAUGCUGCCCUUCUCUCCUCUGUGGGCCUGCUGCUUCUUCUUCAUGGUCAUUCUGCUGGGACUCGAUAGCCAGUUUGUGUGCGUAGAAAGCCUGGUCACAGCACUGGUGGACAUGUACCCCCAGAGGUUCCGCAGGAAGAACCGGAGGGAGAUCCUCAUCCUUGUGGUGGCCAUCAUUUCCUUCCUCUUGGGGCUGGUCAUGCUUACCGAGGGUGGCAUGUAUGUGUUCCAGCUCUUUGACUACUAUGCAGCCAGUGGCAUGUGCCUCCUGUUCGUGGCUGUCUUUGAGUCCUCCAGUGUGGCUUGGAUUUAUGGAGCUGGACGCUUCUAUGACAAUGUUGAAGAUAUGAUUGGGUACAGGCCAUGGCCUCUUAUCAAAUACUGCUGGCUCUUUUUCACACCAGCUGUGUGCAUGGCCACCUUUUUGUUCUCCUUGAUCAAGUAUACCCCACUGACCUACAACAAGAAGUACAUGUACCCAUGGUGGGGUGAUGCCCUGGGCUGGCUCCUGGCUCUGUCCUCCAUGGUCUGCAUUCCUACCUGGAUCAUUUACAAAUUCAUCAGCCUCAAGGGCCCCCUCAGAGAGAGAGUUCGCCAGCUCUUGUGCCCAGCCAAGGACCUGCCCCAGAGGAGCCAAGCAGGACCCUCUGCCCCUGCCACACCCAGGAUGUCUCUUCUUCGACUCACAGAACUGGAAUCAAACAUCUAGGGGCAGGCCCUCAGAUGGAGCCUGCGGGCCAGAGGGCAAAAGACUCACUGUGCCUCUCUGUCCUCACCCUGGGCAGACAAGACAGAGGGGGACACUGUGGAGUCUGCCUUUGGAGUUGGGGGCCUCCUGCCCCCACUUCCCUGUCACACCCCAGGUGUGACAGAUGUGAGAUGCCAAUGUCCAGAGUAUCUUUUGAGGCAGCUUGGAGAGCCCGAAAGGGGUUGUAGGGGGGAGAGCAGCUGGCCUCUGGCCUCCUCCCUGCCUCCAUUAAAUUCAUCUUUUUCCCUAAUGCUUGCAUCCAGUCUGUUUUCUGCCCUCAGCCUGUGCCUUGGCUACCUCCCCCUGCGCAGCUGUGGCUGUGGGGCCGGCUCCCUCCUGUCUUGCCCAUAGUCACUGAGUUCUCUUCCUUGACACUGUAGCAGAGGUGACUGCUGUGAUAGGAGCUUGACAGCAAGGUGUGUGGAUCCUGGGAGGUGUCCCAUGUUCUCCACCUGUGCUCUGUGAGAUAGGAAAGGAGGUGGAGGGAGGAUGAAGGAGACCAGGGCCCUAGCUGUUUCCCAGCCUGUGCCCUUGCCUACUCUGUGUCAGCCCGUCGACCCAGCCUGGGGCAGCAGGGCACAGCCGUGGCCUGCAGGCCUAGGUGGGUGUAGGAGCCUGGACUCUGUCAGCAGAGGACCCUGCAUCCACAGAACUGCCUGUCCUCUAAAUUUGCAAGAGGCUUCAAAACUGGGUGCUGUUAUCACCAGGUGUGGCCACAAGGGGGUGGCACUGCCAUGACCUCAGCACCACCAUGAGAGCCUAAGCAGCUUGAGAUGGGUAGGCUGUGAAGAGGAGCCAGUGGGAGGCAGAGUCCAUCUCUCUUGGGGCUCAGCAAGCGGCGUUGGCCCCAGGGGUCCACAGGCAUCUCUGUAGUCUCCCCUGGCCCCAGGACCCAUGGGCAGUGCUGUAGCCAACCAGCUCCCCCAGCCCAAGACCACCCCUGUAGCUUUCCCUCCCAGGCCACAGCAUCCCGUCACCUGGCAGCCUGGAGGGCAGCGAGAUGCUCCAGUGGCAUUGUGUAUGUGUGUGGAAGUGGCUGAACCUGGGGCUGCUGUUCUCCUCCCUGUGAACUAAACUCUCUGCCACCUUAUCAGCAGACUCUGCUGGUGCCAUUGGGGUGGUAGUGGUGCAUCCCAUGACUCUCAGGGCUGCUAUCAAGGGUGCACAGGGUCCUCUGUUUAGAGUUUUCAGUUUUUUUCUCCAUGUCAGUCUAUGAGGAAAUAUUCCACAAUCUUUGCCAGUCUUUAAGUUUUGACUUCUUAUUGUUGGAAGAGUUUAUAAAAAUCACCAAUAGCACAACCCUAUACACACACAUGCACACACACACACACACACACACACACACACACCCCAUGUAUUGGCCUUUCUGGACAGUGCACCGGGUUCAGCCACAGGCCUUCCUUAGAAGAAGUGAAUCUGGUGGAGAAGCUCCUGAAGGUGGAGCCAACACACACCUGGCCUCUCCAUCUGUCCCACAUUGUUUCCAGAACACCGCUGUGCAGAGCUGUGUGAUGCUGUCCCAACUCAUGGUGUCAGAUAUGAUUUCUUAAACAAAUAUGGCAAAUGCUCUGAAAGCUACCAGGCUCUUCUGGAUGCGUCUUUGCCAUGUGCCUUGGCACUGAGAGGUGAC